AUGCUUGAGUCCGAGCUGUUCUUCGGUCUGGACCACUCCCCCAUUUUUCUGGCGCUGCAGCACAAGCUGCUGAGCCUGCUCAAGGCCAUCCUGUUGGAAGCCAAAGUGCUUGUGCUUUCAGAUAGCCCAGAGCAGUGCAGCAAGUGGGUCCUGACCCUCCUGUCCUUGCUUCCGGCGGGGCUUUGGCUUGGCUUCAACUCCGACGGCUUCGGGCGGGAGCACUUCAUGUACCAGAAGCACGGCUUCCCCAUCCAGUGCUUUGGGCCCCGAUGCUGUGUGUAUCCCUAUAUGGGGCUUCAUAUGCUCGACAGCCUCCUCCAGAUGCGUGGCUUCCUGAUCGGCACCACCAAUCGGAUUUUCCUGGACCGGACAGUGCCAGACGUGGUCCUGGAGGUGCCAGGAACCGAGUCCAACAAGUUCUCCGUAGAGUUCCGGUGCAAGGAGCUGAAAGAGCUGACGAGGUGCACCAGCUGCGAGCGCAGCUGGCUGCAGGACGCCUGCGCGCGCCUCGGCGCCGCCAUGCCGGAGCCGGAGGAUGUGGACGAACCGCCGGUUGUCCCGGUGGUGCCUGUGAUGCCUGACCCGGCGGAGGAGGAUGAAGAUGAGCUGAUCGCCGCCUUGCCUGAAAUCGAUGCAGCUGUGGUCCGAAUCAGCUCAGAGGAGCUGGUUCGAGACGUGCAGACCGCGGAGGCGAAGAGGGCUGCAUGGAAGCAGGCCAGCUCUAGGGAACAUUUGCGUCAAGAGGCUGCCUGGGCCGCCGUUGUCGAUGCAGACCGCACGGCCUUCAUCGCCUACUGGCGGCGUUUGGUUGCGGCCGCGGCAAAGAUCGCGGGGCUGCAGCGGGAUUUGGCCCAGGGCCUCGAGGCAGCUACUCGCCAAGAGAAGUCCGAGCUGGGCCGCUUUGGGCUUCCCUUUCUUCAGCGCUGGGUGAGGUACACACACGGCGGCCGCACUUGGCUGCAGGUGCACAAGUUGCCUGUCACUGAGAAGCGGCCCAAGCCUCCGCGAGAAGGUCCGGGCACGUAUAUUUUCUCCAAUGGGGACGAGUACCAUGGAGAGUUCCGGCGCAGCAUGCGGCACGGCUCCGGCGUGUACGUCAGCCACAGGAAUCACAUGCAGUACGAUGGCCAAUGGUACCGUGACCGGCGUCAUGGGACCGGGACCCUCACCAUCGAAGGAGCCGGCAAGGUGCUGUACACCUACGACGGUCAGUGGCAAGCAGACAAGCGCCAUGGCUCCGGAAGCUGCGUGAGAUGCCACAAGGAGAAGUACUCCGGGCAAUGGAUGCAGAACCUCUACCACGGAGCUGGCACCUACGUGGAUGAGAAGGGGUCUUUGUACGAGGGCGAGUGGUAUGCCGGCAAGUUCCACGGCGUGGGCAAGCACGUCUGCAACGGGGAGACCUACACCGGGAGCUUCGUGGCCGGCGAGCGCCACGGUAUGGGACAGCUGGCGAAAAGCAGCGAGUCGCUCGAGGGCAUCGAGGACUUCCUCGGGCUUGAAAGUCUCUACGCAGGGCAGUGGCGUGCAGGGCAGAAGCACGGCCAAGGCACCGCCAUCUACACCAUGGGCGAGUACGAGGGGGAGUGGGUCAACGGCCAGCGUCAGGGCCAAGCUGCCUUGUCGCAGGAUGGCUACCACCUGGAAGGUCCUUGGGCCAGCAAUCUGCCGGGGACGGGCACGCACAUGAUCUUCUACCCAGAUGGCGCCAAGUACACAGGUCAAGUGACGGUCGUCCCUGCAGGUUCCCUGUGCACGCCUUGGAAGAUCGUUCCACAUGGGCAUGGAAUCCUCAAGGAGCCGAAGGGCCAGUUCUACCAAGGUUUCAGAAUGCGGAGCCGCAGCCGGCUCAGUGCUGGCAUCGGGUUCGGAGGAGCUGCCGGAGUGCGAAAGGUGCUAAGGUUCUCUCGCAUCGUCCCGCCUGUAGUGGACUUUGUCUACGACUUCACUUCGGCUCUGUGCCUUACGGUGCCUUGCGGUGUCGUACAGGUGCGCUUCUCAGCAUGGCGGCUCUUGGUGCCGCUCUAUUUGUUGCUCUUCCUUUUGGCCGAGGCCUCAGCAGACCGCCGGGGCAGCCAGGCCGCUUCCAAGGCCGUCGGCCUCCUGCUUGGAAAUGUGCCCGGCGCCGUUGCGUGCUUGGCCCGCACCUCCGUCCUCCCGUGCCAGCGCAGGCCCGAAAACUACCCGAAUGCCUUGACUCGUGCCAUCGCCGAGUGCCUUGUUGCACGCACGCUGCAGUUGCAUCGCCCCCUGCCUCAGCCUCCCGAGUGCGCAGAUGACUUUGCUCGCGUGCUGCUUCCCUGCGUGGUGCUGGAGCUGACGCUUAACUGGAAGACCGCGUUGGCAGUGGGCUUGGCAGCGGUUUGCAGCCAGAAGGCGAUCGCCCCGCUGGCCGGCAAGUUCUUUCGUGAUAUGGCGCGGUCGAGGUUGGGCACGCUGGCCUACCGUUCGCCGCCGCGGCCCGGGAUCUGCGUGGAGUCGCUGCAGCGGCUGGUGGUUGGGCUCUUGACCCGAGUGGCCGAUCUGGAGCGCGAAGUGACGCCCUUGAAGAACCACCUGGUGGGUGGAGGAUGUGUGCGUCCAGAAUGGAGGGCCUCCAAGGACGAAGAGGAUGUGGACGGGCUCAAAGACAAAGUCGACAAGCUGCUGACAGUUGUGCAGAGGCUGGAGGCGCGGGUGCCUCCGCCUUUGGUCGAGCAGAAGCGGACGGAGCCUGAGGAACCCGGCAUCUUCCCCAGCGAGGCGAGGGACAUCUACGACGAGGGCGAGGAGCGGUUCCUGAAGGUUGCCCCGGCGGCGAACCCACUGGAACUGCAUGGCUUGCUGUACACGGUGGCCUUCGGCGAUGAGACGGACGCCCUGAUGCUCAUCAGCGACGGGGGGGCCAAGGCGCAGCUGGAGGCCCGCGACAUGCACGGCCGCUCUGCCCUGCACUGCGCAGCUUCCCGGGGCUCCGUGGCCAUCGCGAAGAUGCUGCUGGACCACUCCAACUUCGUUCACUACAUCAACAGCGCCGAUAAAUAUCUCAGGACCGCUUUGCACAUGGCGGCACGGGCAGGGCACGCAGAUGUGUGUGAGCUGCUUCUGCAACACCGCCUUUUCACUGCUGCGAAAGCUGUGGACUGUGACGGCCAGACGGCCUUGCACCACGCGGCAGCUGCGGGCCAUGAAGACGUCUGCCGGGUGCUUUUGCAGCGGGGCCUGGACGCCGGCGCCGCCGACUGCUUCGGGCGCCUGCCGCUGCACCACUGCGCCCGGGGCGGCCACCCCCAUGCCGCGGAGGCCCUGCUGGCAGCUGCAGAGGUGAGCGCAGUGUGGGCGACAGAUUGUGACCAGCUCACGGCGCUGCACUGCGCCGCCUUCCGGGGACAUGUGGCGGUGUGUGAGACGAUGAUGAAGCAUCUCAGCUUCGAGCAGGUCUGCAAGGCUGGCGUCCUGGACUAUUCAACUCUUCGCCACUCCAGAGACGAAGUGUUGCCUGCAGUGCAGCACGCCUUGGAAGCCAUUGGCUUGGGCCUGGAAGAGCAGGCCAUGGACUCGCCGGAUGCCUUGGACGAGAUGAGGACGCCAUCCAGGACUUCCUGGAGGCCGUGCCGGAGCUUCCGGAACCGGAAUCCCCGGAAACGGCGGCGCCGGUGCCGGACGAAGCGCCGACGAAAGCGGCGAAGGCAAAGGCGGCGAAGGCGAAGGCCAGCUCUCUGA